ACAUAUAUUUAUUUAAACAAAUAUCAAAAUAAAACGGCGCUUUGUCGAUGAUAAACAAAGUAUGUAAUUGGCAUUACCUGCGGCAGCGUAAUCGUGUUGUUGCAUAAUUAAAUAGGUAGCGAAUGCAAGUGCCAAUAAAAUUCGUAAGCAUAUUGCCACAUUUAGGAAUAGUACUUUUUUCACUAAGUAGAAGCGUUGGCACACUUUUAUUGCACCCACUGUGCGUUGUACCACUUAGUAAUCAGGGAACUACAUACGCUAUAAAAGUAAAAGAGGCAACUAGCAAAGUCAACAGUUGGCAUUGGACGCUACCUUGACAAGAACAAACGAAUAUUCUACGCAUUACACUUAGCAUAAAUAAUUGCAAUGUUUGCCCACACAAAACUGCUACUACUUGCCUUGCUGGCCACAGUGGCCACAGCUACGGACACAACAAAACCUACUACUACCAAACCGAUUUCGGUUACCACAGAAAUUACAGAAUCAUCGAAGGAUCCGCAAGCAAAUACAGCGACAGGACCUACAAGCACAGAUGAUUCUACUACUGAUCGAGCGAAUGUACAAUUCGAAAUGAUGACACAACGCAUGGAUAUCAGCAGCACCGAAGGCGAUAACAAUGAGUACCACUACUUGUGCACGGUGGGCAAAAAGCGUACACAAAAUGUGAUGUGCUUCGCUGAGGACAAUACACUCUGGGAGACGCCACACGAUGUGAACUUAAAGCUGCGUUGCCCCAAAUCGGGUACCGGCUAUGAGGUUGCUUUCGCGCAAGUGGAUGUCUGGAUGACCUCGAAAGAUUUGGAUUGUCGUGUAACUGAAGGUGGUGUGGGUUACGGAUAUAUUGGACUACAGUUGGUCGCUUAUAAUACUUAUGAUUUCCGUUAUAUUGCGGAUGUAUUUUCGGUUUGACAAUAAGUAGGAUAAUGGAAAAUAAAUAUGGCUAGUUAAAUUAUGUGUUAA